AUGGCGUGGGUGGCGAAGAGUCGCAAGCUGUACGAGAAUCUGCGCGCGGAGAAGGAGAAGGCGGAGCGCAUGGCGCGCAUGCUCGCCGACCAGGACGACACGGGCGCGGAGGACAAGGAGGACGACGAGGAGCGAGGAGGGCGGCAGCGGUCAUCGCGACCCGAGUACACCUCUCGUGAGCGCCCACUCCGGCCCCCCACCCGGACCACCUCUUUCCCCCACACCCUCUCUACACCGCUCCCCGUCACUUCUCGCAAGCCGAUCCGCACAGACCCACCAUGCGUGUUUCCUCCUGCUGCCUCUCCCUCACCCCCCGCCCACGUGAUACUUUUCCCUCAACUGCCUUUCCGUCCCCAAACCCUCGCUCUCCUUCCCAUCGCCAACUACCUCACUCCUUCCCCCACCCAACCCCUCUCGUCCACUUCCCCCCUUCUCUCUCCAUUGCUGCGUCCCGCCGUACGCCCUUCCGCUGCCCUGUCCCUCUGUGCGAGCUUCAGGCGACCUGGCGGGGAUGAGGGUGCGGCACGGGGUGGGCGCGGUGCUGCAGAAGGGCGCGGCCGCGAGGAGGACAAGCUGGAGAACGUGGAGGCGGCGGAGCAGAGCCGGUUCGCGGAGGUCGAGGGCGAGAAGAAGCCCAUGCUGCCAUAG